GAUGCUGAAGUACUUCCUGAAGUACUGUAGUUGAAAUACAUGCACUAAUAUUAAACGAGUUUAGUAAAAUAUGUGAUUAUGCUCUUAUAAUCCAACACAGCAUUGUGAGUGAGACUUCGGUGCACUGCUGAAUAUGGCUUACUCAGAGGAUCCGGAUAGGGACGUUGUCCUGACAAAAAAGAGCAAAACGCUGAUCGUACGACAUCUGCCUUCUGAACUGACUAGACAUGAAAAAGAAGAUCUUCUGAAGUAUUUUGGAGCCACUUCAAUAAGAGUGUUCUCAGAUAAGGGAAGGCUGAAACAUACAGCGUUUGCAACUUUUGCAACCGAAAAUGCAUCUUCUAGGGCUCUGGCAAGACUACAUCAACUAAAGAUCUUAAACCAUACAUUGGUUGUUGAAUUUGCUAAAGAUGAAGACAGCAUAAAUCUUCUGAAUCAGCAGCCAGUUUCAGAACGUUUAGAUGAUGAAGCAAUAAAAGAUGAAAAAGACAAGCAAUCACAGAACAUUCCUUUAAUUGAAAAUGGAAUUGCCCCUAGCCUUGGGUUAAAAUUUCAAAUGAACCCUUGUCUGAAGUAUUUAUACCCCCCGCCAACAAGUGGAAUUCUGGCAAAUAUCACAAAUGCACUCAUAAGUGUUCCAAAGUUUUAUGUUCAAGUGCUUCAUUUAAUGAACAAGAUGAACUUACCAAGUCCAUUUGGGCCUAUAACUGCAAGGCCUCCUUUGUAUGAGGAUCUAGUUCCAGCUCCACCUCCACCAAUGCCUCCACUUCCACCUGAUGAACCGCCCCUACCAGAGGAAGAAAUGGAGUUUUCCAGUGAAGAAGAGUCAGAAUAUGAGAGUGAGGAUGAUGAAACUAAAGAGAGAAUGAAUAGGCUGAUGGACCUGGCUAAUCUUCCAUGCAAAAGACCCCAGAGAAAGAAAGUGUCUGCUUCAAGGAAGAAGCCCAGGUUAAAGGACUUUCUUAAUGUACCCAAGCCAGAUUCUCACAGUUCCAGUGUAGCUCUCCAGCCCUCGGAUGUUUUUGAACAGCCUCAAUCGUGUGGGCAGAAGAAAAUUGAGUUUCACAUUUCAGCAGAUGUAUCAGGAAUUCUGCAAGAAGGAAUACAUCAGCAGGAGACUGACAAGACAGAAGAUAAUGAUGAGACAGAGGAAACCACAAAGGUAGAGGCAGUUGGAUUUGGGAAAAUCUACCCCAAGCCACUGGUAACAGAAAAAGAGGAUGAAAGUGGUGAAGAUGAGGACAUCCCUUCAGGUUUUAUAUCCAGGAGAGAGCUGGAGAAAGGCAGGAUCUCAAAAGAUGAAAUGAAAAAUCUCUCAGUGUUCAGAAAUUAUGAACCUGGUGAUCCAACGUGUAGACUCUACGUCAAGAAUGUUGCCAAGCAAGUUGAAGAAAAGGACUUGAAAUUUAUCUUUGGAAGAUACGUAGACAUUUCUUCAGAUGCUGACAGAAAUAUGUUUGAUAUUGUUUUAAUGAAAGAAGGUCGUAUGAAGGGACAAGCUUUUAUUGGACUUCCCAGUGAGAAAGCUGCAGGAAAAGCUUUGAAGGAAACCAAUGGAUACGUGCUUUAUGACAAACCAUUGGUUGUUCAAUUUGCAAGAUCUGCCAGACCAAAGCAGGACUCCAAAGAUGAGAAAAAAAGUCAUAAAAGGUGAAAACAGAUAUUGAUGUCAAGGGUCAACCUGAUAGUCUGAAGCAACAGAAAUGACGUAUCCUUCUUUUUACACUAUAUCCUUUCCUAAGUUUGUAUUGUAUCAUGUUUGUAAAAACAUGCACAUAAAAAUACAAAUAUUUAAUAAACCUCUUAACCGGUAAAACAAAAUUAAUUUAUUCAAGGAUAACAUUUUUGUAGAACUCCAUUAAUGCUGCUUUUUGAGUUAUUAUAGAUCUUUACUAAUAUGAAUCAGAUACAUGUAAACCAGCCAAAAAAUGAAAUUGGACCUUUCUAUGUGCUUUUACAGGAUCAUAAUUACCAGGAUUAUAUCAUUUGUUGUUGAUUUUAAAUGAGCUGGUAAUCCCUUCGCAUUGACAAAGUUUGCAUUUCUUAGGUAAAAAUAUGAUGAGCCCCAGAGAUUAUUUCACUCAGUGUUGUCAACAUCCAGAAUAGAAUAGCCUUCUGUUUCCCAACUUAAAUGGAGAGCAGUACAGAGCAGGUGGAUAAAUAUUUAGAAUGUUAUUUAAGUGUUUUUUUUUUUUUACAAUUAUUAUUGUGACAAAACAUCUGCACUUUUCUAUAGUUAACAGUGAAAUUCUUUUUGUUACCUGUAUUCCCCAACAAAUCCAAAUAUUUGAGGGUACAUUGUGGAAAUGUUCAGUUCGAAUGAUUGAGGAUGUCUAAUGGCCUAUUGAAUGUUUAGCUUUUGAAAUUGGAUAGACAUUACUCUAAGGUCUGAGAUCAUGAAUGUUAUGUAUACAUGUGGUAGCAACUAUAUGAAGGUGACACGCUGAAUGCUUCAACAAAUUAAUCAUGUGUGUUUGUUUUGCAUGACGUGCAAAGGUUGAAAUGUUGGAAAAUGCUUUGAAAAAAUGCACAUACAGUGAUUGUGGAUUAUGCAGUGAAAAUGUAGCUUGAAAAACUCAUUAUCUGUGUGACCUUUAUAAAUGUUAUUUAAUCCUUAUUUUAAUAUAUUGUAGGCUUCCAAAACUGGAGCUGAAGCGUUGUGCAUCAUCUUGAAGACCACAGCUUUCACAAGUUACUUUUGGGUCUCAAUAAAAUAAAGAUUUUCUUAAUUUUUUAUUUUCCGUGUAGUUAUUCGUUUCUAAUAAAGAACAUAUUUUGGAA